AUGACAACCUCAAACACCGAUUCCAGUUUCAAAGACUACCCGCAGCCGACCAGAAGCUACAGCAGCGACUUUAAUGAGUCGAAGCAGCCCGUGCCUAAACCCGGCGCUGAGAAGCGCUCUAAACGAGCAGCUCACAGACUUAGUGCAUGGUACAACACUUUCCACGAAUGGCGGUAUACCCCUCUCGCACUCAUCUUUGCAGUAAUCCUUCUUGUCUUCUUCAGCGCGCUAGGCAGCUAUCUAGGCUACAGAGCAUCGGUGCAAUUAGAGAAGGGAGAUGGAAUGGGCUCUGACCUCGGUCAAAUGACAUCUGGCAUGGCACUCUAUGGCUCCGUAACGGAUGUAGAUAUAGACGAAAAAAAACUUGAAAUGCGCUUCUCAUUUUCAGGCUGCGGACCAGGCUACACGAAUGACGCACAAACAGCAGCAGAUUGUGGGGUACUGAAUAGGAACAUAACUACAUACAUAAACGAGAAUGCGACUCUGUCUAAAUUCGAAUCAAAAAGCGAGAUAGACCACGAGGCAGUUUUCUUGAGAGACGGCGCGGUAGGAUUUUACGAACCAGAUUCAGUAAUAUGGUCGCGCAAGCCUGAAGAUAUGAGCACGCUCGAGUUGACAUUCACGCCCUCAUUCCAAGUUGAAAUACCAUUCGAUUGGACAGAAAGCAGAUCAUCACUCAAAUCUGACCCAACGAGUUAUCCAUUCGACGAGUAUAGCGCGUACAUAACCUUUCUCGCUUGGGAUGCAGGGUCAAACGUAUCAGAGCCCGACCUUGGCCAAUUCAGCGCUAUUAGUUUUGUCAGAACUUCAGGCACGUUUCCAAAUUAUGUCAUUAGCAGUGUCGAUUACGCAACGCUGGAAAAUGAUGUGCGCAGGACCAUAAAGAUAACAAUAAGGCGAUCAAAUGCAGUCAGAGCUUUCGCUAUCUCCAUCAUCGUUAUGCUAUGGGCUCUCACUAUAGCUAUCGUUUGGGCGGCUGUAGUUGCUGUCAUCUAUCGCAGACCAGUAAUGGGAGAGACAUACGUUGUCACCUCAGCUGCUCUCUUCGCCAUACCAGAAGUACGCGAUAAGCUCCCUGCCGCGCCUGCGUUUGGAAUAUUUGCAGACUCGUUUGAACCAACCAACCAUCACGUUAUGGACAAGUCGCCGUUGAUUUUUCUGCAAACCAAGUCUACAGAAGACGUAGAUUUCAAUUAUGGGAUUAAGACAACUAUUGCAAAUGUAUACGGCGAAGAUCCCUCCAACUACACAGAUCCUGUUGCCGCACUGAAUCGGUUCAGGCAAGAUGCGACAAGAGGCUCGACGACUGAUGCUACAGGCAAAGAUCUUCUCCAGAGCUACUACGGUCAGCUUGAGAUGCUUGAAUUGCGAUUCCCAGAGCUUCGAGUAACGUUUAAUUGGCGUGAUAUAUUCACUGCCCAGGAUGUAUCGCAGCAUUCUCUUGCUUACGAGAAGGCUUCUGUGCUUUUCAAUCUCGCUACAACGUACUCGGUACUAGCUUCGUCUUCUAACAGAUCAGAUCCCGAAGGUAUCAAGACAGCUUUCUACAACACAAGAGUCGCAGCUGGGCUGUGGGACUAUAUAGCCAACAACUUCCUCCAUGCCCCGUCUACAGAUCUCAGCAGAGACGUUGUCAGAUUCUUGAGUGCACUCAUGCUCGCGCAGGCACAGGAAAUCUUUCUGGAGAAAACUGUCGAAGAAAAGACGCGCGGUGGCAGAGGUGAUGGAAAGUCUAUGGGUAUUGUAGCGAAGCUUGCUUCUCAAUGCUCUUUCCAAUACAACUCGUUACUAGAACCAGUACGCGAGAAUGUCAAUAAAAGCAUCUUUGAUCGACAUUGGUGGAGUUUUUUGCAGAUAAAAAGCAAUUACUUUGCUUCACAGACUCAAUAUUACCGCGCAAUGGUGGACAACGCAUCGGAUAAACAUGGCGAAGCUAUAGCCAGAGUAAAGCUCGCAGAAAGCCUCGCCAAGGAAUCUUAUAGACUUGGUUCGACUUUUAACACCUUCUUCGCCCCAUGUGAUACCCUCCCCGCCGAUGUUUCAAGCGUGAUCACAUCGUUAUGCAAAGCACAUCAGACCAAAUGCACGGAGUACAAGAAUGAACUUAUAAAGGAGAAUGACUUGAUUUUUCAUGAAGCAAUCCCUGCUGAGAACCUUCUCUCCACGGUAGAUAAGCUUAACGCAGCAAACGCAGUAACGAUCACUGAAAUAUAUCAAAAUCCGGAGGUACAGAAGAGUAUUGGCUCUGAUUUGUUUGCCAAUCUUGUUCCAUUCUCAGUACACGAGGCAGCGUCAAUAUACAGUGAAGAGAAGGCCAAGAUAAUCAGAGCGGUUACUGAGACUGUUGAGGUAACAGAUACUGAAUUAGAAGCCGCGAUCGAGCAUCUUGGUUUGCCAGGAAGUUUGAGGAAGUUUGUGCAGUCAUCAAAUGAGAUCAACUACGACGUCAGUGGGGAAAUCAAGCAAUUGGCUAAAACAAUUUAUUCGCAGGAAUCUUCGGGUGAAGUUUCUAGACAGAUAAGCACCACUGAGACUAAGCGAGAACGUAUUCUCGCUGACCUGAACUGGAUAUCAAAUGAACUAGACAUUGAAUCGAAAGAGUGCGAGCAGGCUAGGAUGCAGCACGCAAACUUCUCACAAUCACCUUCAGCGAGACAAACUAAAGAAUGGCGCCAACAACUCAAGGCACAUUACGACGGCUUGGAGAAAGCGGGUAAAUCCGAUGCAUCAAUCAAACAGGUAUACCAAUACAUAGAUGCUGACGUAAGACUGUUAAACGACUCAGCGUCUGAUUUGGAUGACAGCGAUAACGAGCUAGCGCUUUAUGUGAAAGAUUACGUCUCAAGCCAGACACCCUCUCACACUCGCCAACAAUCUUUGCUCGAUGUCGAUGUAGGUAUUGAGGAGCACUCGGAACAGGAAUCUCGCCAGAUGACAGCAUAUGCGCGUGAAAUUACGAGGUUAUUGGAUGCUUUGAAGGGUUUGAAGAAGUUUAGAAGUCAACACAUCCAAGUAUUGCGUCAGAAAAUUCAGAAUGAUGAUGUCUCCCAUCUUCUCAUACUCAACCGUAAAGCUCAACACGUUGAAACCGAUAUGUUCGGCUCAGAGCUCGACAAAUUUAAAGAGGACCAGAAGAUUAUAGAGGGCUCCAUCGCUGACCAGCUGAAAAUAUUGGAAGAGUUGAAUGGCGCUUGGAUUCAGCUGACCAGCUCAGCGCGGGCCAAGGAGAUACACACGAAACAUGCAGAAUCUGACAGACGUCGCAAAGAGGUACUGAAAAAGUUCAAGAAAGCUGGUGAUACGUAUUUCGAGGCUGCCAACGGUGUCAGCAGAGCUAUGAUGUUUUACGAAGAUCUCGAGAAUGCCGUACGCGAACUCAAGAGAGAUGUCGAUGUAUACGUCAAUAGUAGAGCCAAGGAGCGCGUACAGGCAGUUAUCGAAGCGGAGGCUGCAGAUGCAGGUGGAAGUUCGUUCGAAAACGAGUUCAGCAGGCUUGGCGUAAGUACACCACAUCGUCCUCCAAAGCCGGGCACAACGUCUCCCCCCACAAUUUCAUCUGGUCCUCCUGCAUCUUCAACACCUUCAAGUGCCUCGUAUGGUUAUGGCGGUAUGCCAGCUCCACCGCCUCAACCUCAGCCAAGUAUUUAUCAAAGCUUGUACGGCCAGCAAAGACAGUCAGGGCAUAUGCCUCAACCUCCUCCCAAACCUGCCUCGCCGUACUAUGGUGCAGGUUAUGCUAGUCCUCCACCACGAUCUCCUUACGGACAGCAUCCGCGCUCACCAUAUAAUCAACAGCCACCAAACAACUUUCCCCCACCACUGCCACAGCAAUUUCAAAAUCAAACACCUUACUCCUCGCAACCCUCACAACCCUCACACGCACCACCUCCAACCAACUACCAGCAAUACUACCAACAAGCACCACCGCCCAAUCAAAACUACCCUUACUAUAGAUGA